CAUCAAAAGAAUCAACUCAGCCAUAAGUGCCAUGACAGAACCGGAUGAACUUCAAAAAGAAAAGUACCGUGUAAAGAGGAUCCUCAUGAGGAGGGGAUGCAAGAUCAGAGACCUGGAGGAAAAGGACGACCACGGAGAAGAAGAGGUUGAGUUCUGGGAGGCUCUGCGAGAGAAGAAACUGAACCCUGACCUCGGCAUGUUCACCUCGGACGUGGAUCUGAAGGCGAAGCUGGUUGGACUGCGGAACUCUGCCCUGGUGGUGCUACUGGUAGUGAACGUGUUAUGGAUCACCAUCAUGAUGGUUCUGUCCAGCCGUGAGGCCCUACAGGUGCUUGGACAGAACCCACUGGGUUUCUUCUCACUCGCUGUCUUCGGACUGGUACAAGUAAUCCAGUUCCUGGCUAUGUUGUACCAUAGGCUGUUAACGCUCUUACAUGCUGUGGCAAGAUUAUAGUCAGUCUAAAUGCUUGCUUUUAUCAUCCAAGAUGUGUUUGUCAGAAUCCCUUUCUCAUCGUCUUCAGAUAGUACAAGGUAUAUAGUUUCUAGCUAUUUUAUAUCAGUUUCUGGCUAUUCUGUAUCAUACACAAUUACAC